GCGCGGUGACGCAGGGCGUGGGCGGGGCGCGCGCGUGCGCGGCGGGUGGCGGCGGGCGCUGCGGAGCCGGGGCUGGCCGGGGCGGCGGGCGCCAUGUCGGGCCGCUCGGUGCGCGCCGAGACCCGCAGCCGCGCCAAGGAUGACAUCAAAAAAGUGAUGGCGGCCAUCGAGCGCGUCCGCAGAUGGGAGAAGAAGUGGGUGACAGUGGGUGACACCUCCCUGCGGAUAUUCAAGUGGGUGCCGGUGGCGGACAGCAAGGAGAAAGAGAAAUCCAAAUCAGGCAGCAGCACUGCCCGAGAACCCAAUGGCUUUGCAGCGGACACCUCUGCCAACUCCUCUCUCCUCCUGGAGUUCCAAGGUGCUGUUUCUGCAGAUGAGAACAGCAACCAGAGCUCCCUGUCGGAUGUCUACCAGCUCAAGGUGGACAGCAGCCCCAACUCCAGCCCCAGCCCCCAGCAGAGCGAGUCCAUGAGUCCUGCCCACACGUCUGACUUCCGCACGGAUGACUCACAGCCACCCACACUGGGGCAGGAGACCAUGGAAGAGCCCUCCCUGCCUUCCUCGGAAGUUGCAGACGAGCCUCCUACUCUCACAAAGGAAGAGCCAGUCCCGCUUGAGACUCAGGUAACUGAAGAGGAGGAGGACUCCGGUGCGCCACCUCUGAAGAGAUUUUGUGCCGAUCAGAACUCUGUGUGCCACACGGCCUCGGAGAGCUAGCCUGCCCAUCCCCGGGGAGAACGUCUUCGCCAGCCCUCGCCGAGCCACCCGCCCUCCCCGGGCCACGGGGCGCUUUCCCCCGCCUGCCAUUCCCGCCGGGCACUCCCACGCUCACCAUCCAGCCUGCCGUGCCCUCCCUGUGCUCCCGGCUGGACGGAGCUGCCGUCGCACCUGCACAUUUGCCUCUAUUUAUUGGCUUCCCCUCUCCCCGCCAGUUUGUCCCACAGCAUGGGGCUCCCUGCUCCUUGGGGACGCUGAUUGCCUGCUCUGGCUCCGCUGUCCGCCCUCCCCUCGGUGCCGGGACCGGGAGAAGCUGCGCUGCAGCCACAGGAAGCAAUCUGCCUGCUCCCGGUGUGGGGUCCAUGGGAUGCUGUGCGGUAGCUGCUCCUGAAGCUGCUGAGAGGGUUGGGAGUCCCCGGGAUGGAGCCCCGGUCCGGUGGGGGGCCGCGGCUGCCUGGCCCCUGACAGCUGGGGGAGCCGUGCUCGGCACGGGUACCCCCGUUCCCGGGAUGGGGAAGGCUGAGGCAGGGCCAGCCUGGGCCCCCUUGGCCCUGGGUUUCCCCUUGGCCCUGGGACCCCUCUGCCGCCUGCCCUGGGACCCCCCCUGCCACUGCAUGUCCUGCCGAGUCCGAGCGAGCCCGGCGAAGCCGCAGGCGCGGCCGCGCGUGGAAGUGGAAAGUUAUUUUAGCACUGAAUAGAAUAUUUUUAAAAAAAUUAAACUAUUUGAAAUACAGCACCUGGUGUCUGCGGGACAGGGCGGGUGGGACACGCCAGCGGGAGUGCCCAGCGCCGGCCCGGAGCCUGCGUUGUCCCCCGGUGCCCCCUAACACCCCUCGGUGGUGCCCAAGCAGUCACGAUAGCGCUGCCAUGGGCACUGGGGCCGGCAAAGCGGCUGCUGCAGCUGCCGAGACAGCCAGGACAGGUUUGUACGCAGCUUCAAGGUAACGAUUAGAGCCCAAUAUGCAAAAGAACCCAAUAA